GAAUGAUUAUACCACGUUUCUACUUGUUUAUAUUAGCGUCCGUUGCCUUCAUCGGCAUCUGGUUUUUGAGCUACAAGCCUUUUCUAUACCAACAACUGUCCGUCUCUCAGUCAACUGAUGGAGGACGUUCUCUACCUUUGAAUCAUUCACUGCCUCCCCUAGAAGCAGCAGGAAAUGAGACACUUGGAUUUCAAAAAAUCCUCAUACUCUCAACAGGCCCCUCAUGGCGGACUAGAGGACUGCUGGCUGCGGCACAUCUCACAGGUCUCCAAAUCACGAUCCCACCGCAGCCUCCCAUUGAUGAGGCGAUCGUGGAUGCGUUUGGGCAGUUGGGCGGUGACGACGAUGACGAAGAGCAUCCUCCCCACGGGGCGACUAUCGCCUGGCUGGCACAUUUGGAUCUAAUCAAACAUGCGAUCCAGCUAGAUUUGGAAACGGUUCUCAUCAUCGAAGACGACGUCGACUGGGACGUCUCCAUCCGACACCAGAUGGUCCGCAUCGCAUCUGCGAUCAGAAACCUCACACACACCGAGCAGAGAGACCAGUCUAGCCAUCCAACUCCCUACGGCCAUGACUGGGAUCUGCUCUGGAUCGGUCACUGCGGCGAGUUCUGGAACGAGGACUUUGAAACAGUCAGCUUCGAGGACCGCUCGGCGUGUCCCAAAGCUCAGUACUCCGGGUGGGCCAGGAACUAUCUCUCUCACCUCCCAGACCACCACCGGUCGAUAUACUGGUCUUUCAACCCCGUGUGUUCGUUUGCUUAUGCUCUGUCGCGCAAGGGGAUGCGCAAUGUCCUUCGCGUGGCGGGCGGGGGUCGUGGAGAGGCCUUUGACGUCAAAGUCAUGCAGGCGUGCAAGGCGAAGGCCCUGCGGUGUAUCUCGGUCGUACCAGAGGUUGUUCACCAGUACUUCCCUGCGGCGUCGUAUGGAGUCAACAGUCUUGUUGAUAUCGGUAAUGGAGAGGCGGUAGGCCCGGACGAGACGGAAUUCGAAAGUGUUAUGGGUUCUACAGACAAUAUUCUUGAGAGUGCCCGUUGCAACGCAUUAUGGGGAAAGACAUGUCUUAGAUGACUUGAAGGUGAAGAUGAUUGAGGUAGUUUGGUAUCAUAAGAAAAAUAGAGAAUUAAUAAUAGUAAAGCCAUAAGUGAUAGUAGACCCUGGUGGUCACUUAAAUCACCAUGCACAGAGCGAAGACAUGAAAGCAGAAAGAUUAGUUAAGGACAGUGUUCUGUCUUGAGCCAGUUGUGCUGCAGUAAUUCAGCAGCCGACUUUCGAUUUUUUGGAUCGAUUGAAAGCAUGCCCCGGAGGAAGUCCAAAAAGACAGGCAUCUCAGCUUCCGGCAUAUCGUCAGGCUUCAAGAAGGGCUUUUCCGUGCCGUUUAAAAGGCGCUCAAGACUGGUUGCUUUCAAGUUUGGGAUUCGGCGAAGAUUAC